AUGAGCACGACAGAUCGGACCGAUGGUGCAGCCGAGCGCCAAGACGCGCAGCUGGCGGCGAGCGCGCCGGACGCGAUCGUGCAAGUCGACAAGAACAUGCUGAGUCGACUGCUCUAUCCGAACCCCGUUUGCCUCUUGAGCGUCCAGAGCGGCGACGACGACGCGAGUCGCUGCCGGAACGUCAUGACCAUCACGUGGCUCACGCCCAUCAACAACCACGGCAAGUUUAUCUGCUCCAUGAACUGCAAGCGCCACACCGCGACCUUUGUCCACACUCCGGGCCAGUACUUUGUGCUCAACGUUCCGACCAAAGCGCACGAGGCAACGAUCCUGGCCAUCGGCGGCUGCUCGGGCGCCGACGUGGACAAGUUUGAGACGCUGCAGCUGGCAACGUGCCCGCCGGGCUGGGCGCCGCUCCGGCCGCUCAAGCGCAAGCACGGAAUGUCCAAGAAGGACUUGCGCGACGCCGACGUGUACGACGCCGCCUCGGGCUGCGUGGCGCUGGUCGACUGCGUGGCGCACAUUGUGUGUCGCGUCGACGCCGUGCUCGAGACCGACGGGCACAACCUCUUGACGUGCACGCAGGUCGCUGCGUGGGCCAAGGCCGCGUACUGGAACGGAAAGCACUUUGCGCCGCAGUCGCGAGAUCUGCCGCCGUACUUGACGUUCCUCGGCACCAAAGUGUUUGCAUGCGUCACACCAACAUUUGACGAUUAA